UCCUCCUCGGGGUGAUCAUUUUAGCUUUUUAGGUCUUUGUUCACAGACUCCCAGGCUUCAGGGCACUGGUUGUGAGGAGGAGGAGGCCUGGGAGCAGCGUGCCUGCUGUGCGGGGUGUGUCUGAGGCUCCUUGAGCCCCAACAGCCCGAGAUUGGCGUCCCCGUGCCUCCCGGACUCCUCUCUGCUCACAGCGUCCCCGCAGCCUGACCCCAGUUCACCCUCCAGCCUUGGGGACCGGCCCCUCAGGUCCCGCCGCCCAGGUCCCAGCGCUCAGAAUGGAUAUGAACUUUGAGGACGUGGCCAUUGCCUUCUCUCAGGAAGAAUGGGGGAUCCUUGAUGAGGCUCAGAGACUUCUGUACUGCGAUGUGAUGCUAGAAGCUUUUGCACUUGUGUCAUCUGUAGGUUGUUGGCAUAAAAUUGAUGGUGAUGAGGCCUGUUCUGCUCAGAUUAUAUCUAUACAAGGAGAGUCACAGGUCAGGGCUUCUAAGACAGCUCCAAUUACCCCGAAGAUCCCUCUGUGUAAGCGAUGUUUCUCUGUGUUAAAAGGUAUUUUGCACCUGACUGGAUCUCAUGCAGCAUAUUUUGAGCAGAAAGCAUUCUGUAGUGACUCAUGUGUUGUAGACUUCUGUUUCAGUGCAAACUCUCAACAGAAACAGAGGAAUGAAUGUGGAGAGGGGCCCUGGAAACAAGCUAUUGACAGGGCUUCCUUUGUGAGCAGUUCCAGCCUCUACAUGUCUUCGGUGCCUUCAACCAGCAGCGAGGAUAGGGAAGACUUACAGUACAAAUCAGAGCUUCCCAAGCACCACACCACUCUCAACACUGAGGAGCUACCCUGUGGCCGUGAGAUUUCACAGGAAUUUCACAGGGGAAACAGUCAUCACCAGUGGGGUGAAUGUGAAAUUGCUGCAAGCCACAACCUGAAAGUUGUUCAGUGCCCAGGUGUGUGUUCUGGAGAACUGCUUUAUGAGUGUAACAAAUGUAGGAAACUGUUUACACGAAUCUUUAACCUCAAUCGACAUAAGAGAGUUCAUACUGGAGAAAAGCUGUAUGACUGUAGAGAAUGUGGGAAGUCCUUUCAUCGAAGGGCUCACCUCACUGAACACCUCAGAGUUCACACUGGAGAAAAGCUGUAUGAGUGUAGAGAAUGUGGGAAGUCUUUUCGUCAAAGUGCUUCCCUCACUGAACACCUCAGAGUUCACACUGGAGAAAAGCUGUAUGAGUGUAGAGAAUGUGGGAAGUCUUUUCGUCAAAGUGCUUCCCUCACUGAACACCUCAGAGUUCACACUGGAGAAAAGCUGUAUGAGUGUAGAGAAUGUGGGAAGUCUUUUCGUCAAAGUGCUUCCCUCACUGAACACCUCAGAGUUCACACUGGAGAAAAGCUGUAUGAGUGUAGAGAAUGUGGGAAGUCUUUUCGUCAAAGUGCUUACCUCACUGAACACCUCAGAGUUCACACUGGAGAGAAGCCAUAUGAGUGUACUGAAUGUGGGAAGACUUUCAGCGUAAAAUCUAACUUUAUUAGACACCUGAGAGUUCACAGGGGCGACAAGCGAUAUGAGUGCUGUGAUUGUGGGAAGACCUUCAGUGAUAAGUGUAACCUCAAACAACACCACAGUGUUCACACUGGAGAAAAGCCGUACAAGUGUAGAGAAUGUGGGGUGUCCUUUCGUCUAAAGGCUCAGCUCACUGCACACCUCAGAGUUCACACUGGAGAGAAGCCAUAUGAGUGUACUGAUUGUGGGAAGUCUUUUAGCCAAAAAUCUAGCCUUAGUAGACACCUGAGAGUUCACACUGGAGGGAAGUGUUAAAUGUGCAGGGAAUGUUUUAUUUUUCUCAGUAUAACAACACUGAAGGUGACUCUUUGGGACCUAUUUUUCUGAAUUUAAACCCAUUUUAAUGGAACAUACACUCUGAUAUAUUUCUCAUAAGUUUCAGGUACAAGUGAGGCUUGAAGGAGCUGCAUUGUACUUGCUAAUAUGCCCAGACCUACUACCCAAUUGAUGUCACACCGAACAUUUGUGGCUGAAGAGAUUUCACCUCUACCACCUGGCUCACCUUAAGAGUGUGCAUCACUCACAAACCCUCUGUGCUCAGGGCAAAUGUAUUCUGUGUUUUCACUUGUGUUUGAGAAAAUUAUGAUUAUUUCAAGCUCUUGACAGGAUCCUCAUUCCUUCUCUCUGACUAGGGCAUGCGUCUGACCCAGGGUUUGUCUAGACCACCCAUCCUCAGCUAAGAAGUGCUACCUCUGUCAGGGACAUUGUGUGUCUCACAUUAUGCUUUUCUGAAUUGUUUUAUUUUCUAAUUCACCAACCUGCAAAUUCUUACUGUCCUCUGUUCUGGUUUAUGAUCUUUUAGUAAAGGUGUUUUUUGCUUUUGUACCUUUUAUUUUGUUGGUUAUAUUCACUGCCUGGGACGAUUUGAAAGGGUAGUUGUGAUCUGUCACACGCAGAGGUGAACAGAUAAGGUAGGGUCCCAAGCUCUCUGUGCUUUGGAAGGCACAUAAUAAUGACAAAAAUGACUCUUUGGUCAAUAUUAGUUUAUUUUGUAUUGCUGACCAAGUCCUUUAACGAAAAUCUGCAUGACAUUUUGGUUCUAAUUUUUUAGCCCGGUGCCUAUAUUAUUGGUGAGGUCAGUGAAGAGUCCUUUGUUGUGCUUCUGUGAACAAUAUGAACUAUAUUCUCUGUUCAUAGUAUGUCUUACAUACUGUGAAGGAGCCCUGAGCCAUGAUGUGUGAAAUAUCAUAGGCUGGUUUCAUUUGUUGUAACAAUGUGAAGUGUAACCAAUAUUGGGACAGACACUGUUUUCAUAGUGAGUGGAAGAGACGGCAGUAUAUUGGGUGAAAAUUGCCUCUUCUGAACAUUAUCCACAAAUGACCCAGUCCUGAAGCUUGUUUGUUCUUUUUGUAGCUGAAGUGAUUUGUUGUGAAAAGAAUCUCAUGGCUUUGGGGAUUCCCUGGGCCCCUCUAUGGUGUUCACCUCAAGGUUAUCACAACAGG